AUGGGCAAAGACGUUGAAGUUGGAGGCGAAUUCAAUGCCAAGGACUAUCAUGACCCUCCACCAGCAGAAUUGAUCGAUGCCGAGGAGUUCACCCAGUGGUCUUUUUAUAGGGCUAUUAUUGCUGAGUUCAUUGCCACUCUCUUGUUUUUGUACAUUACUGUGUUGACUGUGAUAGGUUACAAGAGCCAGAUUGACCCAACCAAAAACGGGGAUGAAUGUGGUGGUGUUGGCAUUCUUGGCAUCGCUUGGGCCUUUGGUGGCAUGAUCUUUAUUCUUGUUUACUGUACAGCUGGUAUCUCAGGUGGACACAUUAACCCGGCUGUGACUUUCGGUUUGCUCUUGGCUAGGAAGGUGUCCUUAGUGCGUGCCAUUUUAUACAUGGUGGCUCAGUGCCUGGGGGCCGUAUGUGGAUGUGGACUCGUGAAAGCGUUCCAAAAGUCUUAUUACACAAACUACGGUGGUGGAGCCAAUGAACUUGCUAUGGGAUACAGCAAGGGCACUGGAUUAGGUGCUGAGAUCAUUGGUACUUUUGUUCUUGUCUACACUGUCUUCUCUGCUACUGACCCCAAGAGGAAUGCAAGGGACUCCCAUGUUCCUGUGUUGGCACCACUUCCCAUUGGAUUUGCUGUCUUCAUGGUUCACUUGGCCACUAUUCCAAUCACUGGAACUGGUAUCAACCCAGCUAGGAGCUUUGGAGCUGCUGUGAUCUACAACAAGGAGAAGGCUUGGGAUGACCAUUGGAUUUUCUGGGUUGGACCUUUCAUUGGUGCUGCAAUUGCUGCGUUAUAUCACCAAUACAUCCUCAGAGCAGCUGCUGUUAAAGCCCUUGGGUCCUUCAGGAGCUCUUCCAACAUUUAA